AUGUUCUCGAUGCCGUUGGCCCAGAUCCUAGACACGAAAACCGACCCCAUGGGCCUUGUUUAUGAAGGGUCCUUCCAGGGCCACACCGACUCCCCCGAGCUUCAACAGACGCCUUUAGCACCAGCCGAUCAAGGCAAGUCGGCCUGGUUGAUGCUAGUAUCAUCAUGUAUAAUCCAAUUGCCAGUCUGGGGGUUCUCCCUUGUAUUUGGUAUCUUCCAGGAAUACUUCUCCUCGCACAACACUCUACAGGGAAGUAAAGGUGAUUUAGCAAUAAUAGGAACCACGUCUACGGGCGUUCUAUACCUUCUUUCCCCCAUCUCAUUCACCCUGCUCACACGGUAUCCUCAUCUUCAGAAGCACUGCGCCUCAGUCGGUCUUCUACUGAGCGUCGGUGGGUCAUUAGCCUCGUCUUUCUCGGAGACCGUGUGGCAUUUGAUUGUUACGCAGGGUAUUGUCGCCGCCGUGGGCAACGGGUUGAUCUUCAGUCCGUCGACCUUAUAUCUGGAUCAGUGGUUCAUUCGGAGAAAGGGUCUCGCCUAUGGCAUCAUGUGGGCAGCGAAGAGCAUCUGUGGCGUGGCGCUACCGUUUGCCGUUAGAGCUUGUCUGGAACAAUUUGGGGCAAGGACUACAUUGAGGGCAUGGACUGUUGUGACGCUCCUCUCUACCCUAAUGACCUUACCUUUCGUCAAGCCGCGUAUCCCCCCUGCCUCAUCGACAGCUGCUCGACCACUAGACCUCGCCUUCCUCAAGCUCGUCACCUUCUGGAUGCUGCAGCUGGGUAACAUCAUCCAAGGAUUCGGCUACUUCCUCCCAACCACCUACCUUCCAAUCUACACAACCACCACGGCCGGUCUCUCCGACACAACAGGAACUCUACUGAUCGCACUCUUUAACGCAACCUCCGUCGUCGGAGGGAUCGUACUCGGCACGCUCUGCGACCGGUUCGCCGUCACCAAAAUCACGCUCCUAUCAUCCGUAGGAUCCGCCCUCUCCGUCCUCAUCUUCUGGGGUCUCUGUACCUCCCCACCAUCCUCCUCAUCUUCUUCCUCAGCCUCGUACCCCCAAACCGCUCUAGCCCUCCUAACCCUCUUCUCCACCACCUACGGUUUCUUCGCCGGCGGCUUCAGCUCCACCUGGUCCGGCGUCCUGACGCAGAUGAAGCGGGAAAGCCCGUCGCUAGAAACAGGCCUGGUCUUCGGCCUCCUCGCCGGCGGCAGAGGCAUUGGAAACGUGAUCAGUGGGCCGCUGAGCUCGGCGCUCAUCAGGAAGGGUUCUGUUGGCGGGGCCAAUGGGCAGGGCGGUGCGUUCGGUUAUACGAGUGAGUACGGUGCUUUGAUUCUGUUUACGGGCGUGACGGCGAUUCUGGGCGGUUGGAGUUGGAUGUGGUUUUCUUUGAGGGGGUGUUUGGGGGAUAGAGGGAGGAGUUAG